AUGAAGGAGGCCAAGACCCUAGGGUGGAGGCAAAGCAUGGAACGUCUCGCCUCGGAGAAAGAUACUCUUCGGGAGCAGCUGGCUUCAAUCGAACGCCAGCUUCAAAGUGUGAAGGAGGAGAGCCUGGCUCGAAGCCGCAAAAUUGAGGAGCUCGAAGCUAAAUCUGCUGCUGAGCUUGCAAAGGCCAAAACUGAUGCAGAGGCAUUUGUGUCUGCGUAUCGAGCUGAUACUGAAGCCGCUAACACCCGGGCAAAGGAGAUCUCCGCUGCGGCCGAAGUUAAGCUAUCAUGUGCACUCAACCACGCUAGGCGACAGUCCCGGAGGGAAACCCUGGAAGAGGUGCACGCUCGUGGCUUCGACCUCUCAGCCGACAUUGAAAAAGCAAAGACUUUGGAAGAAGAGGCUGCCGUUUUGCUUUCCGAUGAUGAUGAUUCACCUAGUGGUUCCGAGAGUGGAGGAGACAAAGAUGAAGUCCCUGAGGAGGAGGUUCCCGAAGACGAGGCUCCCGAAGAUGCAACCCCGGAGUAG